UUGUCAGACAAUGGCUAUUGACUGGAUAGGUUUCUGCUAUGCAGCCUUUGUAUCAUCUGGUGGAAUAAUAGGUUAUGUUAAAGCAGGGAGUGUCGUUUCCCUAGUAGCAGGCCUUGUUUUUGGAGUUUUGGCUGGCAUUGGUGCAUACCUCAUCUCACAAGAUUCCAAAAAUGUGUACCUCUGGAUCACUGUCAGUUGUAAUGGGGAUGAGAUUUCUAAACUCCUGGAAGUUCAUGCCAGCUGGUUUGAUGGCAGGGGCAAGUGUACUGAUGGUGGGGAAGAUUGCUAUGGGAAUGCUCAAGGGACCACAUCAAUCAUGAUCUUGGGCAGUUAUUUGUGGAUGGGUUAGUAAGUCAAGCAUUUUACACAGUCCUGUGUAUGAUGCAGAUUAUCUUGUGGAAUGGGAUGUCACUUCUGUGUCUUCCAGAAAUAAAAGAGGAUAACUUAUACAUU